AUGUCGACCGAUAGCACGCAGGCAGCAGCGCCUAGUUCCCUCUGUGUCCCAAAUAUUGAUAAGCCCCUUCCUCCACGCCCGGACUCGAGCCUGUCGCACAGGGGGCCACCCACCCCCGACCUCUAUGGAAGUUGCGAAUCCGACGAGUCGGUGAAGUCGGAAUCGCCACCAUGGACGCCGGCGGCGGCACAACAACUCGCGCUAUGUGGCGACUCUGAGGCCGAAUCUAAACGCAGUUCAAUCAGCUCGCUGGUACUCGAAGAUUCGGACUUGAAGCUUCGUGAACCUGUGCAGCUCGCAGUUGAAGGCAUUACGCACCACCAUCCCCUCGCCCGCGAUGCGGUGUCAUACAUACAGUCGUACUCUGAUAUAUCUCUCCAAAGUGACUAUUACACCCACGAACUGCUGAGCCAGUUGAAACUUGAAGAGUCUCCAACAUUUCACAACCUUCGCGACCUCUUCGUCAUGUACCCCAACGAAGCAUUAGAGAUACUUGAUUUGGGCUGCGGUCGUGGUCUGUGGGCCGUAGAGACAGCAGCUGGAUGGAAAGACGUUCACAUUACCGCGUUUGACAUCGUCGAUCUCGGUAGACCGGCUCGCGAGUGGAUGUCUCCUCCUGUCGCUGCGCGCAUCACUUGGAAGCAGGGCAACUUCCUUACAGACAGGUUGCCAUUCAAUGAUGCGGCUUUCCACUUCGUUCGUAUGUCAUGUCUAUCGUCCGCCAUCCCACUGGGAUGCUGGCCCCCUCUUCUCAAGGAGAUAAAGCGGAUACUCAUGCCAGGUGGUCGGCUCGAACUCAUCGACGACGAGAUCCUCUUUCCGGAGGUUCAGCCACCACCUCCAGAUAUCCCUUCUCAGCAUACUCCGAACGUCAGGCAGCGCUCGAUUGGUAGCCUCUUUGACGACACCGAAGACGACACGGACGACGCUGGAUACGGCGUGACGUCGCCUCAGAUAACUAGGCCCGCCUUUAGCCGCUCUCCUACGUCGCCCAACUUCAAGUCUCCUAAAUCAGGGAGACUCACUUUGCAGCGUUCACCAGCCUCGUACUCUGGAGGCCGUAGACAUGCUCUGAAUCACGCAGUCGCAGGCAUCAGUGACGAGCUUGGCUUUGACCCCUGGGAGUUCCACGGUCCGCCUCCUUUGACCUUUAAAGAACGAGCGACGAACGCGAAGGACAUGGAGACUAUCUUCUUGCGCAUACUUAAGGAGAACAAGAUCUAUCCCCAUCCGCACAAAUUCCUGAAGGAGAUGCUGGUCGAAGUCUUCGGAGAACACAAGGCUAACUGCACGCAUCAUUUUGAGAUUGUCUUGCCCACUACCGAUGCCAUCUUUGAGCAGUCGUUGCUGCAGCCUGUGGCGCAAAGCAGCCUCCAUCCCGGCACCCAAUCGCAAACGCCGCAGAAGGACAGCCCUAGUAUCGACGAACGAUCGACCACGCGCCCGACAGGAACCCUUCCAAAGGCUAUGCGCGUUCUUGGCGAGACCGUGCCGUGGGUCACAAGCCCUCUCAUCAAAGAAACCUUCGCGAAGUCUCAGAGAUAUCAGCCGCCGGGAUUCGUCGUUCUUCCGAACAACGUGUUCGUGCCGUGCGAGCCGGAAGUGCUCGAGAUGCAUGCUUGCAAGAAUGUGCAUCUCGUUCUGUCCAGCAAGCAGGCACUGUCACAUUCCAUUCGCGAGCAGUACGCGAGGCACGGAGGACCUACUGUGUCCGAGGAUGAGUUCGACCACCUAAUGCUCCUCUACGAUGAGUUCAAACGUACUCGUCUGGGCUGGCCAAACCGCGCCUUUGGUACAGACGAGGAAGAUGUGCCUCCACAACUGACUUCCGCCACUAAACAGAAAUUCGGCCCCCACGGCACCAUCUUUAGUCGACGCCGUGCCCAGUCGACUGCACAGCCCCGUCCGUGGGCUUCGAUGCACGCCUUGCUCAGACCGCUCGCCAGCCACGAACUGCUGCCCGUACGGACCAUACGAGUCUUUCAGGGGAUCAAGCCAAACAAGAGCGUCCCUACGUUGGUGCCGCUGCCCGCCUUCAAGAAGGCUCCGGACACUCCAAGUGUCUGA